GUUAUUGAAUCUUUUAUAUUGUCUAUGGAAAGCUUACUUUCGUCCGUCACAGAAAGUUCGAAUUUUUAUUUUGGAGAUUUAAUUUUAACAUUAUUUAGCUUUGAGUGAUCAUAGUAAAAUAAUAUCGUAGAAUGCGUUUAGAUAGAAUGUCACUUUCGUGAAGUAAUAGAACUAGUUAAUCAUGAUGAGCAACAAUAUAGAAAACGACAGAUCAAACUCAACUGGAAAAAUGUAUCCAAUAGAUCUUGCACCACAAAAGAUUACUAUAGUUAAAAGCAUGUCGAAUACAGAAGUGAAAAUGGCUCAUUUAAUUACUGGUCAAUCAAAAACAUCAGGGUCCGGUCAAUUAAUAACUCAUGCUGGCUCCGUUGGCCUAAUGCGUUCAACUGCACAAAUUAUAACUCCUGGCGUCUCAUCUCAGCCACAGAUGAUUGUGAGCGGGCCACCAAUCUUUCAAGGCACCCCAAUAAUAAGCCAAGGCUCACAGCUGUUAGGUCAAACUUCACAGAUUAUAACACAAUCACAGAUAAUAAACUCCAGUGGUAUCAUAAGUCCAGGCACACAAAUAAUCAGUCAAGGAAGCCAACUAUCGGCACAAGUUUCUAACUCCAGUAACUCUGUGUCUAAUAUACAAUCAAGUGUGGCAUCAUCUAUAAGUGGAACACAAGUGCUCAAUGUUGGUGGACAGCUUGUGAGUGGGUCUGGGAACCUAGUGGUCAGCUCUUCUGUGAGGACUAUACCUCCAAGUGUGCGAGUGUUGCCUCCUCUCCCCCACAAUAGACCAGUACUGUCAAGUGUAAAUGUGAGUACAGCAAGUGGUGUAUUAGUUAGCAAAGCAGUAACAAGUCACGUGCCAAGAGGUCUGGCAGCCGGGGCAUCACUAGCAGUGCGUCCCGUUACUCCCAUAGCUGCCUCACAAUCUGCCGGUAAUCAAGGUGGUGGUGCUUGGUCGAGUGGGAAAGGACGUAGCGCGUUAGUGUACCAAGGACGCGGCGUGGUGCCUCGUGGGGCCGCUCCUCGCGCGCCCACGGCCACGCCCCCCGCGGCAUCGCCCACGCCCACGCCGGUGUCAACGCCUACGCCGCAACCCAGCCAGUCCCCGCACUCCUCUAUCAUCACUUUGACUACCAGCUCCAUACUUACUUCGAGCGGAGUGAUAUCUAAUGCGGUUCGCGGUACGUCGCCCCGAGCGCCCACGCCCACGUCGACCGCCGCAGCGCCGCGCCCACUGCCGCUGCUGCAGAGAAACUACCAACCCACUAAGGUUGUAAGCGUUGCGAAUGUGGGCGUGCGCGGUGUGGUGGGCAACAGCGCGCCCUCACAGCUGUACUACGAGGUGCCUCUGGGCAGCCAGCAGCACGUCGCACACCAGCAGCAACAGCACCACGCGCCGCAGCUGCUACACCAGGUGCAGCAGCUGCCGCGCCCGCUCACUCCUUACAACCACAACCAGACCGCAGUACAAGUGAGCGUUGUGAACAGCGGCCAGAGUGUGAACGAGGCGCGGCAGCUGGCCACCUCGCUCGCCGCAUCCACCAUCCUGCCGAGACCUUCCAUUCUCAGGAAACGAGACAUUGAUGGAUCACCAUCAAAGGUUGGUAACUUUUUGUCGAGUGGUGGAGCGGUUGGUUUGAGUGUGUACCGCGAAGUUAACAGCGGCGUCGGUGUGGGCUCAGUGGGCGGCGGCGCGCCGGGCUGGGAGGACGUGCCGGCGGGCGCUCGCGGCCCGGGCUCCGGCUCCACCACCAUGUCGGCCGCAUCCUCGCCUCCGCACGAUGACGCCGAGCCCGCGCCGCCGCCGGCGCCACAGCCCCCUCACACGCCUGACCUCUCACCCCGCAAGAAGCCCAGGAAGCAAAUGUUAAGUAAUGAAGUGCGGCAGUGCGAGUUGACUGCGGAGGACGCGCCGCCUACACCCCCGCCGCCCGCCAACCCUCCCAAACGUCCCCAGCUGGGGUCAGGGUACGUGUGUGGUUGGCGCGGCACUGCGCUGCACUUUGUACGGCCGGCGGACGUGAGGCGACGAGAGCCGCGAGCUCGCGACAUCCUCGCCAUCGCCAGCCAGCGACAUGUCCUCGCCAGCGCUGACGGGUGGAAGGUGCACCAUCUCACUGCGCAGAUGGACGACCUGGUAUCGCUGGAGGCAGACGUGGGCUCUCAGCUGGCGGGUGUGCUGCGCGCGCUAGAGACAGCUUCGGGCCGCGCGCUCGCCGCACUGCAGCCGCAUGAACAUGCGCUGCUAGAACUGCUCAAGGGUAACAUUCAAAGGAGCAAGAUAGUUUGCGAAGGCAUACAGGAGGCGCGCGAGGACAUACUGCGUGUGUUCAAACACAGGAAUUUUGUGUCCGACAUUCUGACGCGGCAAGCGGACAAGCGAUGUUACAGAAAACAUCGCUCACAGUCGUAGCAAAUAAUUAUAGCGUUUUGUUUUAUUUUUGCCACAGAAUAUGCAAUUAUACAGAAUCCUAU